GCGGGCGCCGGACCCCCAGAUGGAGCGACAGGUCUCGGGCCCUCAGGCGGAGCGGCGGGCGCCGGACCCCCAGGUGGAGCGACAGGUCUCGGGCCCACAGGCGGAGCGGCGGGCGCCAGACCCCCAGGUGGAGCGACAGGUCUCGGGCCCUCAGGCGGAGCGGCGGGCGCCAGACCCCCAGGCGAAGCGGCGGGCACCGAGUCACCAGGCACGACAGUGGGCUCCGAGUCAACUGGCAUGACCGCUGGCACUGGGUCAGACAUUGGAUCGUCUGGCUGGACAGCGGGCAUCGGGUCACCAGGCAUCAGGUCAUUUGGCUCGACAGCGGGCACCGCGUCAUCUGGCAAGGCAGUGGGCUCCGAGUCAACUGGUAUGACCGCGGGCACUGGGUCAGACAUUGGAUCGUCUGACUGGACAGCGGGCAUCGGGUCACUAGGCAUCAAGUCAUUUGGCUCGACAGCGAGCACCGCGUCAUCUGGCAAGGCAGUGGGCUCCGAGUCA